GCGGUCCCGGCACCUCCGCGCCGCCAUGGGCAACCGGGGCAUGGAGGAGCUCAUCCCGCUGGUCAACAAGCUGCAAGACGCCUUCAGCUCCAUCGGGCAGAGCUGCCACCUCGACCUGCCGCAGAUCGCCGUGGUGGGCGGGCAGAGCGCCGGCAAGAGCUCGGUGCUCGAGAACUUCGUGGGCCGGGAUUUCCUCCCCCGUGGCUCUGGGAUCGUCACUCGCCGGCCCCUGAUCCUGCAGCUCAUCUUCUCCAAGACAGGUACAGGAAAUCUGGGAGAGAAUUCCCUGGGCAGGGAAUCUGGGAGAGAAUUCCCUGGGCAGGGAAAAGGGAGAGAAUUCCCUGGGCAGGAAAUCUGGGAGAGAAUUCCCUGGGCAGGAAAUCUGGGAGAGAAUUCCCUGGGCAGGGAAACUGGGAGAGAAUUCCCUGGGCAGGGAAAAGGGGAAAGAAUUCCCAGUGCAGGAAAAGAAUUCCCAGUGCAGGAAAAGAAUUCCCAGUGCAGAGUGCUGAACCUGACUCUGAUCGACCUCCCUGGCAUCACCAAGGUGCCCGUGGGGGACCAGCCCCCCGACAUCGAGCAGCAGAUCCGGGACAUGAUCCUGCAGUUCAUCUGCAGGGAGAGCAGCCUCAUCCUGGCCGUCACCCCGGCCAACGUGGACCUGGCCAACUCGGACGCCCUCAAGAUGGCCAAGGAGGUGGAUCCACAGGGCCUGAGGACCAUCGGGGUCAUCACCAAGCUGGACCUGAUGGACGAAGGCACCGACGCCAGGGACGUGCUGGAGAACAAACUGCUGCCCCUCAGGAGAGGGUACAUUGGGGUGGUGAACAGGAGCCAGAAGGACAUCGAUGGCCGCAAGGACAUCCGCGCCGCGCUGGCGGCCGAGCGCAAAUUCUUCCUGUCCCACCCGGCCUACAGACACAUGGCCGAGCGCAUGGGCACGCCACACCUGCAGAGGGUGCUCAACCAGCAACUCACCAACCACAUCCGGGAGUCGCUGCCGUCGCUGCGCAGCAAGCUGCAGAGCCAGCUGCUCUCGCUCGAGAAGGACGUGCACGAGUUCAAGAAUUUCCGGCCCGACGACCCCGCCCGCAAAACCAAAGCCCUGCUGCAGUGGCUUUCCCUGCAGAUGGAAUUUGAUGAGAAGGAUCUCAGGAGGGAGAUCAGCUACGCCAUCAAGAACAUCCACGGGGUCAGGACGGGGCUGUUCACCCCAGACCUGGCGUUCGAGGCCAUUGUCAAGAAGCAGGUGGUGAAGCUGAAGGAGCCGUGCCUGAAAUGUGUGGACCUGGUGAUCCAGGAGCUGAUCAACACCGUGCGCCAGUGCACCACCAAGGAGAAGGAGAAGAAGUACAUGCUGCCCCUGGACAACCUGAAGAUCAGGGAUGUGGAGAAAGGUUUCAUGUCCACCAAACACGUCUUUGCCAUCUUCAACACGGAGCAGAGGUGGGGGACGCCCCUGCCCCUGUCCUCUCCUACUGAGAGCGAGGAUGGGGCUCAGGAAAACACCUUUUCCAUGGACCCCCAGCUGGAGAGGCAGGUGGAGACCAUCAGGAACCUCGUGGAUUCCUACGUGGGGAUCAUCAACAAAUCCAUCCGGGACCUCAUGCCAAAGACCAUCAUGCACCUCAUGAUCAACAACACCAAGGAUUUCAUCCACGGCGAGCUGCUGGCUUUCCUGUACUCGAGCUCGGACCAGGCCAGCCUGAUGGAGGAGUCAGCCGAGCAGGCUCAGCGGAGGGAGGAGAUGCUCCGCAUGUACCACGCCCUCAAGGAGGCUCUGGCCAUCAUCGGCGACAUCAGCACCAGCACGGUCAGCACGCCCGUGCCCCCGCCCGUGGACGACACCUGGCUGCAGCCCGGGGGCAGCCACAGGAGACCCCCGGCAGCCCCGAACCGCCCGACCAUCAUCCGGCCUGCCGAGCCCUCCCUGCUGGACUGA